AUGGCCACUCACACCGGCGUUCUCGAGGCCUUCGCCCACUCCCUGCGCUCAUCCAACGCUAAUCUCAGCCGUCCAUUCCACGGCAGCAGCAAUCUCAGCCGUUUCUGGAUCCACUCCCACUCCUCUCACUCCCUCCCACCUCACUCCCUCUCCCCUCACUCCCUAUCACCGCACUCCUUGCCUCACUCUGUCCGCCCUUUCUCCACGAGCACUGCAGCACCGCCAGGGUUCCCUUCGUCCCCGUCUGAGCGUCCACCACAGCAGCAGUUACCGCAGCACAAGGACCUCCCCCAGCUGCUGCCUCCCCCUUCUGUGCCGCAACGGCGGGUUGUUAUCACAGCACUCUUCUCAAUAAUGCUCCCCAACUUGGAAGCACACACGAGUGUCGUGUUACCUGUGCAUCUACCCUUUCCCCCUCUCUCCCUCCUCUUCCGCCUCUCUUCCCCUCCCACCCACCACCAUGAGCGCUCUCAUCUCAGCACUCCUUCCCUCUCCCUGCUUCCCCUCCCCCUCCACUCCCCCUCCCCCCAACACUUCCUUCCCCCCGCUUCCCCCCACCCACCAGCAUGCGAGCUUUCUUUCAGCACACGCUUCAAUGACACGCCUCACCUUGGAGUGCACAAGUACCUUGCUUAA